AUGAGUAGCGACUCGGGCAGCAACACGAUCCGUUGUGGACACGCUGUCACGUGCGAUCCCGCAGUGAAGCGUGUUCCGUUCGAGGUCGCUUUUGCAGUGACGCCGCUUGGGUGGACUCGAUCUGCGAAAUUGGGAUCUGCGGUAACCGAGGAACGCGCUUUAAGUAGUCGAUUGGUCUCGAGGUACUGGCAGGUGGCGCGGUCGUCGCUGACGGCCCCGAACAGCGAUACGAAGGUGCGCGCCAGCAGUCUACGUGUCCGCUGGUUUAUGAGUUCGACGCAGCAAGAUUGUUCCGAAAGCGUCAAUCGGGUCGCGAACUUGAGGACGGAGUCUCAUGUACUCUCUGAUCGCGGCGAAAAGGACAACCUCCAGCUGCCGUUGGAUACGAGUUUUUCAGCAUCUUCCAGCGAUCCAGGUUCAGCGUUACAUGGUGAGUUGCCACGUUCCCCACGUCUGGCACGACUGGUGCCGCUGGAAGUUCAGUUAUUUUUGUUGGCGCUGCUCCCGUCAGGUGUGCGAUCGAGGUCCCAGUACGCUCGUCGAGUCUCUCAACGCGUGGCGCGUCUUCGCUACAUCCUCCGACAGCGAAAAUGGAACCGGACUGGUACGAGAAGCUCCGAAUCGGAUCAUCCCUUUGAAUCGAAUCAGAUGCAGAUCUCGGUAUCACUGCAUCCGCGGAGCCCUCGAAGCGGCUCCACAACACCCGAUGAUCUUGCAGUGAUGCCCUCUUCUCGAGAACAGCUGGAGCGGAUCUGGGAACGAGCGUCUCCGAUGCAACAGAGCGUCGAGCGACCUAAUCCAGAGCACCAUGAGGUGAACGAUUCGGCUACGGUUUGGGAAAUGGGAGAGCGUGCACUCAGCUUUUUGCUGCAGACGCGCCGCCGGCGACUCCUCAUGUACGCCUUAUUGUUGACGAUGAUUCUGGCUCCGGCGCGAGCCGAAGGUCUUGCGCGAUGGGCCGGCGAGCUGGGUAUUCGGCCACUUGCUAUUCGGCACCCCAUUUUUGCAGUGCUCUCCGUGUUAUUGGACAUGUACCAGGAGCUGGUCGGAAGCAACCUCAUUCCCGAUGAUUCGCACUGGAGUCUGAUCGCGCACGUUGUCGAAGUGGUGUUGCUGAUGGUCGCCAUGUGA